AUGAUUCACGUAGGGUUGUUGGCAUGUUACGCUGGUCUUCUCGCCAGCACCGCCGCUCCACACUUCUCAUCGGCGCUUUCCCUCCGAUCUGGCACAGCGACGUCUCAGCAAAACAGCCUCCGCACAAAUUUAUUUGCAACCGGUCAAGAUUUGUUGCGGACAACGACGGCGCCCGUAGCCGAAGAGAAAACUAAUGAUUGCCUGGCCAUCAUAAACAAGCUAAGGAACGAAAAUCUCAAGGAUUUGUUGGGAACCCUCACGAAGGCAACUGACGGAGAGGUGACUGCAAGCCUGACGAAGAUUGGACAAAAAGACGCAGAAAGCCUUACUGCCGCUAAAAUUGCAGCAAAGCUUGCAGGCGAAAAUGUGGACACAUGUGACUCGGGCAAGAACGCGGAUGCGAAGACGUAUCCCGGACUUGUCAUUCCAUUCGCGCCGUCCACGCAGUUCGACUGCAACGCUUUGAUCCAGGCGACUUACACGGCCGGACUCAACCACCUCAAACAAUCGAACUUCGGACCCUCAACGGGAACAUAUGACCCAGCAAAAGCGCCAUUUGAUAAAGUAGAGGCCAGUAAUGUGGCGUUUCUGCUAUCGGCGAAAAGCACAAAGGUCUCAUGUGGCGCCACCAAGGACUGCAAAGCUGGCCACAACGUUUUAUUCUGCUACUUCGUAGAGCCACUUCGAACUGGAGAAAUGCCUUUCACAACCGAGCUGUACAAUGCCCUCUGGGGAUUGGGAAGCGCAGCGUUCGUUUCGUUUCCUAGCGUCGCAACUGUCCUAUUGGUCCUAGCUCUGAGCAUUCGGAUUUGA